AUGGCUUAUCAUACCAAGAGUCAAGCCGAUAAGAAACAGCCUUCGUGUGAAGAUUGUUUAAAAGCAUUUUCUUCGACUUCAGCACUCAGGAUACAUAAAAGAGUCCACUCUGGUGAAAAACCGUACACCUGUGAACAUUGUUUUAAGGCAUUCACUCAAUCCUCAAGUUUAAUGAAACAUAUGACUGUUCAUACAGGUGAAAAGCCAUAUUCGUGCAAAUAUUGCUCGAAGUCAUUCACUCAAUCUUCAAGUUUAAUGGCACACGUGAGAGUCCAUACUGGUGAAAAGCCGUAUUCGUGCAAUUAUUGUACUAAGGCGUUCACUCAAUCUUCAGGUUUGAGGACACAUAUGAGUGUCCAUACAGGCGCGAAGCCAUACUCGUGCAAAUGUUGUACUAAGGCAUUCACUCAAUCUUCAAGUUUGAUGAUACAUAUGAGAGUCCAUACUGGUGAAAAGCCAUACUCGUGUGAACACUGUUCAAAGGCGUUUUCGAAGAAUUCGUACUUAAUAACACACAUAAGGUCCCAUACUGGCGAAAAGCCAUAUUCCUGCGAGCAUUGUCCUAAGGCAUUUACUCGAUCGCUUGAUUUAAUGAAACAUAUGAGUGUCCAUACUGGUGAAAGGCCAUAUACGUGCAAAUAUUGUUCUAAGGCGUUUUCUACGACUGCACAAUUAAAGAGACAUACGAGAGUCCAUACUGGCGGAAAGCCAUAUUCGUGUGAAUGUUGUUCAAAGGCGUUUUCUACGACUGCACAAUUAAAGAGACAUACGAGAGUCCAUACUGGCGGAAAGCCAUAUUCGUGUGAAUGUUGUUCAAAGGCGUUUUCUACGAGUGCACAAUUAAAGAGACAUACGAGAGUCCAUACUGGCGGAAAGCCAUAUUCGUGUGAUUGUUGUUCAAAGGCGUUUUCUACGAGUGCACAAUUAAAGAGACAUACGAGAUUUCAUACUGGUGAAAAGCCCGAUUCGUGUGAUUGUUGUUCCAAGGCGUUUUCUACGAGUGCACAAUUAAAGAGACAUAAGGGAGUCCAUACUGAGUAUCUUACUAUAGAAAAUUUUGAUUAG